AUGCAAACAGCUUACAGGAAGGACGUUUCAACUUUGUUCGAUGUGUUUUGUGAAGUUGGUGCUACGAUUGAUGAUGGAACUUCAAUCAUCCUUCAGAAAUAUCCAGAAGAUUUCAGUGAUUGCCAAACUCUGAAGUCUAUUGGCCAAUUUUGCUUCCCGUGUGGUCCCCAUUAUGAUAAUUGGGAAGCGGUACAGAUGUUCACGUUCGUGUUAACUGACGAAAAGUCUGAGUACACUUACGCAUUUUGUCGGCUGACUCCACAUAAUAACACAUGUUUAUGCAUUCUCAGCGGUCUUCAAUGGCCUAAUGUCUUCUACAAAAUUCUCAACCAUUUAUCAGAAAUCAUGAAUAAUCGAGUUGUUUUUGGUCCUUUUUUAUGUCAAGAACUAAUAACUGCUAUAUAUCAGGUACUGAUAACUGCUCCUGACCUCACCAAAUUGCCGUCUUUAAGGGAAGACAAAUUCAUGUUUGAAUUUUUUAAUGGUAUUACAGAAAAACAACUGAUCACAAUUUAUGCAGGAUUAUUGAAAGAACGACGCAUUUUAUUUACUAGUCAAAAAUUGAGUCAGCUUUCUUCGUGUGUAUUUGGUGCUGCUGCGUUACUUAGACCAAUGCACUGGCAAAGUCUUUUCAUCCCUGUGUUACCUUUCCAUUUAAUUGAUAUGCUCAUUAUUGACCUGGGCGAUGUCAUGGUCAUUGAUUUGGAUCUGCGCACGGUGCACUGCAUUUUCAAUGAUGUAGUGGAUUUGCCAUCAGAAGCCCUGAGUAUUUUAUAUAAAGGCUUAUCAUGUUCGGCAGUUACUUUUUCAUGGGAUUGUAAAAAAUUUAUUCAUAAUCAAAAGCCUAGUUUGCAGUCUUAUUUACGAUCACUUAUCGAAGAAGAUGGAGUGCAAUACCUUGAACGAUUUAUUGAUGAAAGAAUCGCCGCAUUGAAUGCUGGGGAACCGAUUGAUGAUGAAUUUGAAAAGGAGAUUCGCGCCAUGGAAAUGCAAUCAAAAUCAUCUCAUCAGGUAGUAAUAAGUCUUGCAAAAAUUUCUGUUAUUGCUUGCUAA